AUGGCUGCAGGGCUGCUGGGCUCAGAAGACCUGCUAUGUAGCUGGGACCGUCUGGUGUGGGGCCUGACUUCCCGGGUGCUGAGGACGUGUCGAGGGGGACACCUUCGGGUCCUGCAGCUGAUGCUGAAACCAUGGUGCAUCUCCAGGGCUGUCUACCAGAUGACGGAGGGCCGUCGAUGUCAAGUACAUCUUCUUGAUGACAGGAAGCUGGAACUGCUAGUACAGCCCAAGCUUUUGGCCAAGGAGCUGCUGGACCUCGUGGCCUCUCACUUCAAUCUGAAGGAAAAGGAAUACUUUGGAAUAGCCUUCACAGAUGAGACGGGACACUUAAACUGGCUUCAGCUCGAUCGAAGAGUAUUGGAACAUGACUUCCCCAAAAAGUCCGGACCAGUGGUUUUAUAUUUCUGUGUCAGGUUCUAUAUAGAAAGCAUCUCAUACCUGAAGGACAAUGCUACCAUCGAGCUCUUCUUUCUGAAUGCUAAGUCCUGUAUCUACAAGGAGCUGAUCGACGUUGACAGUGAAGUGGUGUUUGAAUUAGCCUCCUAUAUUUUACAGGAAGCAAAGGGAGAUUUUUCUAGCAAUGAGGUGGUGAGGAGUGACUUGAAGAAGCUGCCAGCGCUUCCCACUCAAGCCCUAAAGGAGCACCCUUCCCUGGCCUACUGCGAGGAUCGAGUAAUUGAACACUACAAGAAACUGAAUGGCCAGACCAGAGGUCAAGCAAUUGUAAACUACAUGAGCAUCGUGGAGUCUCUCCCGACCUACGGCGUUCACUAUUACGCAGUGAAGGACAAGCAGGGGAUACCAUGGUGGCUGGGACUGAGCUACAAAGGAAUCUUCCAGUAUGACUACCACGAUAAAGUGAAGCCGCGGAAGAUAUUCCAAUGGAGGCAGUUGGAAAACCUGUAUUUCAGAGAGAAGAAGUUUUCCGUGGAAGUUCAUGACCCCCGCAGGGCUUCAGUGACGAGGAGGACGUUUGGACACAGUGGCAUUGCGGUGCAUACGUGGUACGCAUGUCCAGCUUUGAUCAAGUCCAUCUGGGCUAUGGCCAUUAGCCAACACCAGUUCUAUCUGGACAGAAAGCAGAGUAAGUCUAAAAUCCAUGCCGCACGGAGCCUGAGCGAGAUCGCUAUUGACCUCACCGAGACGGGCACGCUGAAGACCUCCAAGCUGGCCAACAUGGGGAGCAAAGGGAAGAUCAUCAGUGGCAGCAGCGGGAGCCUCCUGUCGUCAGGUUCUCAGGAAUCUGAUAGCUCUCAGUCGGCCAAGAAGGACAUGCUGGCCGCCUUGAAAUCCAGGCAGGAAGCGCUGGAGGAAACACUCCGCCAGCGGCUGGAGGAACUGAAGAAACUCUGUCUUCGAGAAGCUGAGCUGACAGGCAAGCUGCCCGUUGAAUAUCCCUUGGACCCAGGGGAGGAACCACCCAUCGUUCGAAGAAGAAUCGGGACAGCCUUCAAGCUGGAUGAACAGAAAAUCCUGCCCAAAGGAGAGGAAGCCGAGCUGGAACGCCUGGAACGAGAGUUUGCCAUUCAAUCCCAGAUUACGGAGGCUGCCCGCCGCCUUGCCAGUGACCCCAAUGUCAGCAAAAAACUGAAGAAACAAAGGAAAACCUCUUAUCUGAAUGCACUGAAGAAGCUGCAGGAGAUUGAAAAUGCCAUCAAUGAGAACCGCAUCAAGUCCGGGAAGAAGCCCACGCAGAGGGCUUCCCUGAUCAUCGCAGAUGGAAAUAUUGCCAGUGAAGACAGUUCCCUCUCAGACGCCCUUGUGCUAGAGGACGAAGACUCUCAGGUCACCAGCACACUGUCCCCCUUACAGUCUCCUCACAAGGGACUCCCUCCUCGGCCACCGUCACACAACAGGCCCCCCCCUCCCCAGUCCCUGGAGGGACUCCGGCAGAUGCACUAUCACCGCAACGACUAUGACAAGUCCCCCAUAAAACCCAAAAUGUGGAGCGAGUCCUCUUUGGAUGAGCCUUACGAGAAGGUCAAGAAACGCUCCUCCCACGGCCAUUCCAGCAGCCACAAGCGCUUUCCCAGCACAGGGAGCUGUGCCGAAGCCGGCGGGGGCAGCAGCUCCCUGCAGAACAGCCCCAUCCGCAGCCUCCCCCACUGGAACUCGCAGUCCAGCAUGCCAUCCACGCCGGACCUCCGGGUCCGGAGUCCCCACUAUGUUCAUUCCACGAGGUCAGUGGACCUCAGCCCCACGCGGCUGCACAGCCUCGCCCUGCACUUUAGGCACCGGAGCUCCAGCUUGGAGUCCCAGGGCAAGCUCCUGGGCUCGGAGAACGACACGGGGAGCCCCGACUUCUACACCCCACGGACUCGUAGCAGCAACGGCUCCGACCCCAUGGACGACUGCUCCUCCUGCACCAGCCACUCGAGCUCGGAGCACUACUACCCGGCGCAGAUGAACGCCAACUACUCCACGCUGGCCGAGGACUCGCCGUCCAAGGCGCGCGCGCGGCAGCGGCAGCGACAGCGGGCGGCGGGCGCGCUGGGCGCGGCGAACUCGGGCAGCAUGCCCAACCUGGCGGCGCGCGGCGGCGGCGCGCACGGCGUCUACCUGCACAGCCAGAGCCAGCCGAGCUCGCAGUACCGCAUCAAGGAGUACCCGCUGUACAUCGAGGGCAGCGCCACGCCCGUGGUGGUGCGCAGCCUGGAGAGCGACCAGGAGGGCCACUACAGCGUCAAGGCGCAGUUCAAGACCUCCAACUCGUACACGGCGGGCGGCCUGUUCAGGGAGAGCUGGCGCGGCGGCGACGAGGGCGAUGCGGGCCGCCUGACGCCGUCGCGCUCGCAGAUCCUGCGGACUCCGUCGCUGGGCCGCGAGGGUGCCCACGACAAGGGCGCGGGCCGCGCCGCCGUGUCGGACGAGCUGCGCCAGUGGUACCAGCGCUCCACGGCCUCACACAAGGAGCACAGCCGCCUGUCGCACACCAGCUCCACGUCCUCGGACAGCGGCUCCCAGUACAGCACCUCCUCCCAGAGCACCUUCGUGGCGCACAGCAGGGUCACCAGGAUGCCCCAGAUGUGCAAGGCCACGUCAGCUGCCUUACCUCAAAGCCAGAGAAGCUCAACACCGUCGAGUGAAAUUGGAGCGACGCCCCCAAGCAGUCCCCACCACAUCCUGACCUGGCAGACUGGAGAAGCAACAGAAAACUCACCCAUUAUGGAUGGGUCUGAGUCUCCAACUCACCAAAGCACUGAUGAAUAGAGGAGCUGCACCGACCGCUGUUUCCUGGAUUCCUCCCUCUAUCCAGAACUAGCCGAUGUCCAGUGGUACGGGCAGGAGAAAGCCAAGCCCGGGACCCUCGUGUGAGCCAGCCGGCCGCAAUCUGACCGCCUCAACGCCAUUCAGAGAUCACCUCACUGCCUCUCAUUUGCCUUACCCAGACGCACUGUCACCCUGCACCAGCUUCGGCCCUCAGCACUUUUAUUUCCUCCCGUCUCCACAUCCCUUUCACCCUUAAAACCCUGACUGAGGAGACAUUCUGGAAGGUUCCGGUCCCACUGUGUGUCACCUGGCGCUCUCGCCCACAGAGAGCCAGGCACCAAUCCUCAAUGGCACCUUGGUGGCUUCCCCCCACCCCGGGGCUGUGACAGCCCCCAGGCCAGAAACCAUCAGGGAAGGUAGCAGACAUCCAAUUCCUGUGGACAAGUGGCAGGAGAACAGGAAAGGGGACUUACGUACAGGGUGAUCCUGAAGGACUGUUCCACUGUGGUCAGCCUGCCACCCGCAGGCCCACCAGGCGCUCGGUGAGGAGGACACCUCGAACGCGCGGGGACUGCUCAGUUGACACUUGAAAUGUUCCCUGGGGGAGUCGCUGUUGGGGGAGGGGAAGGAGAAUGAACAGGAAGCUUCAUGUGUUAGAGAUGCACCCAAGGAUCACAAUCAGUUCUAUGCUGCCAAAGAUUAAAAAAAAAAAAUUAAAAAUAAAAAAAUAUGAGGGGCCAAGAGGAAGACAUUCUUUCUGCAGUGAAAUCUUUUAAAUUCUCAACUGCUACUCCUCAUCACAAGUGAAAAGUCAACCAUUUGUAAAUUGUUUCCCUCUCUUUAUCCCUCGCCCUUAAUGUCCCACCUUCUCUCUCAGGCCAGAGCCUGGAGAACUCAGCCAGUAUGAUGAUCAAGUCAAGGGAGCCAGAGCGGCGCUGCAGCCUCAGGUCCCCAGGUGUGUGCCCAUGGAGGCCAGGCCCGCAGGCGGGGAGCAGGGUGCGCUGCCAGCCUGGGCUGUGUGGGGGUCCGGGCCCAGCCCGCUGCACCGAGCUGCGUUCCUGGUGGGAUCUGUAGGAAGCGGAAGGUGGGGAUGGCCAAGAGCGCUUCUCUCUCAUUAAAACAAGCAGUAAAAGCGUGUCCUGUUGUUUUGCACAAGGUGUUUGAUUUUACUUUUGAUGGGAAACCAAGGGAAAAAGCACAUCACGAUCCAUUCGAGUGUUUAACUGUUGUGGCUCAUUUUCUACUUGUUAGCACUUGUGUGACAAAGAGCUCAGACCCGACUUCUCUGGGCACCCGGUUACCAUGUGUCACUUACUCCGAGAACCCAACUCUGCCCUUAGGUAGGAAGAGUUUACUCCCGUGUCUACUAGCAGGCGGAGCGGGGCUGAAGAGCACGCCAGCUCCCCGGGGGCCCAGGGGCCUCCGGCCUUGGCAGCGACCCUGAGCGACCACAGUGGUCUGCAGAAACCCAGAGGGGAAGAAAGAGCUGCAUGUUUACAUGUGUUUUGAGCUAUGCUUAAGACACAACUGGAAAGCCAUCUAUCUUCAAAGGCCUCAAAAAUACUUUUCUAAUCAUAACAAGCGCACACUCUUAGUUGGGUUGUUCAAAAUGGCACAAACACGGUCUCCACGGAGGUGGUACGCUGUGCUUAUGGGCGCAAGGGGGGGCGGGGGGAGGGACGGUUUUUCUCACUUAACGACUUCCUAUUGGAAAGGCAUUUUUGACAGCCAGGGACAGGAGCUGGGGUGGGGUAGUUUUGUGGGAAAGCAAAACCAGUUAGCUUUAGAAUAAAAAGAAAAAUCAUUUUUUUAUGUAUGUAUAAUCCAAGAAUCACGAGACUACCAGACCAGGAAGGAAGAUGGACCCUAAAAAGUCAGUUUAACAGUGCUCCCUCCGCUGCAGCUUGGAAAGUGCUGUGGGCUCACAGCACACUGGGACCACUCCAGACAAUUCAGGGCCUGCUUCCCCAGCCCUGUGGGCACUGGACUGGUGACACAGCUUGGGGAAGGGAGGAAUAUUCACACAACACGUGGGUAAACCCUGCGAGAUCAACAAAAUUGGUUCUAAUGUUAUUAACGGAUUCUGGGGACGGAGGGGGCGGUAUUUUUGUUGCUCAUACUUUGACGAACAGAGCUACGGCCAACAGGUUUCUUCCUUCCCCAUUCAGAACACUAUACACUGGGCCAUUUUUCUUUCACCCCAGAGACAUACUGGCCAAUCAGACUGAACUGUGUGCAAUGGGAAAAGUCCAGAGAAACAGAGGUGAUGAGGUCACGUGGCUGCAGGUUACACAGCAUGUCCCAUAGUUUCAAAUCCGGCCUGCAGUCCCUCAGAUCGCGCUUUUAGCCCAGCUGGGUGACAGGGAUAAGAGAUGAAAAUUCUUUCUCAACGCUUGGGUUUCAAAUUCAGGAGGCAGAAAGGAACGGAGAGGGAGGAAAAUUAUAGUUCAAACGCCACGAGAGUCUGGUAGGAAAGACAGAGAUAACGUAAAACAGGUUUUACUGUUGAGCUGCGUUCAGUUACUACAAAAUGUACAUAAUGUUAGUUCUUUGAGAGCCACGGGAUUAAUGAUCAGUGUGGCGGGGAACGGGAGUCAGUGCAAACAAGCACUUGCGAGCUCUUCACAGAUCCGUCUUUCUUUAAAACAAAGUAAGAUGGAAUCUGAACCCCCUGGUCUGAUAUAAAGGCCCGACUGGAUUCUCUGGAUACGUGUAAGAAGUUGCCUGUUAAGCCUGAAGACUGGUAGGAACACCUACAUCAGACUUUGUUGUAAGACAGGUGGAUUUUUUUUUAUUUUAUUAUAUGCAGGUGAGUGUUGAAACUGUUAAAAUCCCGAUUUGUUUUCAUUCAGUGUUAGUUCUAAAUAGAGCAGAACCCCUCCAGGUGCUAUCAGAUGACCAGUUACUGCUUAGUUAACUAGGUGUAAAGUUUUACAUACACAUUCAUGUCAAUAGUUUAUUACACGUCGUGUAAAAUGGACUCUAGUUUAAUAACGGGGAGAAAGGGUUAGGUUGCUCCUGAAACUGACUGUAGAGCAUGGAAAAUGAUUUUACUGGAUUCUGUUCAACUGUAAUCAAUGAAAAGGAUGUAUGUUGUAGACAAAGUUGCAGAAUUAAAAAAGAAAUCUGCUUUUAAUUUAUUCUUUUUGUAUUAAGAAUUUGUAUAGUACCUUUACAUUUUG